UGGUGAUAGAUUAUUCCUUGCUUGGCUCACGUAGCACACGUCCGGUAAUGGCACUAACAACUCUGAUGACCAUCAUCACUACGGACCUCCGCGCAAAAGCAUCUUGGCUCAAUGCCUUGCGUGAUGACCUUAGGCCUUGAAUAUAGAAGCAUGUGCAUCCUUCCAAACGAUGCGAGGUGCUUGCGUUCUUGAGCAUUGCCCACAUCCACGAGAUGACUUUUAGAACUACUUUCGCUGCCGCAAGCCUUGCGCUGCUCGCAUCGGCACAGAGCAACUCAAGCAAUGGACUCGACAUAAAUCAGCUCAUUAGCGAUCCAGGUGUCUAUGGCCCAGCUAUUGAGCUCGUCCAUCUGUACAGCGGCGAACCCCAGUUCCCCACAGGCAUCACCGUCUCUCGAGAAGGUCGCCUGUUUUCCAAUUAUCCCGGUGCCCUCGAUCCAGCAAACACAAAUGAUGGCACGAAUGGACGUUUCACGAUUGCUGAACUCAUCAACGGCACGACUGAAGUCCCCUGGCCAAGCUCAGAGAUAAACAGCCCGCCCGGAGGAGCAAUCAACUACACGACCACUCCUCCAACCGCUGCCAACUAUGAGAACUAUCUGAUCGGCUCUCAAUCGAUUGUCAUCGACGCGGCCAAUCGUGCCUGGAUUCUUGAUACAGGGCGAGUUGCCCUUCCCAAUGGAGUCAUCGUCAGCGCGUCCCCCGGAGGUACGAAGCUUAUUGGCGUGCACCUGAACAACGAUACCGUAUUCCAAACGAUUGUCUUCCCAUCUGAUGUCGCAUAUCCGGACUCAUACCUCAACGACCUUCGAAUUGACCUCAAUCCGGAAGUAACCGAAAGCGGGAAAGGCAUCAUUUACAUUACCGACUCCUCGCCUGAAGGCCGCAAUGGCAUCGUGAUGGCAGACAUUGGCACCGGCGAAACCUGGCGCCAUCUCGACGGCAAUCCAAAUGUCCGCGUCCAAGAGCAAUUCACCUUCACCCAGUGGGGUAGCCCUCGGUAUGGGUUCACCGCGCCUUCCGGUCCUUUCGCCUACACGAACUUCGGCGCAGAUGGGAUUGCUCUCUCCGCAGAUGGCAAGACUCUGUUCUGGAAACUUGUCGCCGGCCGCAAUAUGUACUCGAUACCCACCGAGCGCCUGCGCGAUCGAUCAAACACUUCCGAAUGGCUCGCACAAGCUUCCAUACAGAACUGGGGUGAGACGGGAGUGACUGAUGGAAUGGAGACCGACACGAAUAACCUCAUCUACCACGGCCACGCGGAGGCCAAUGCUGUUGCAGUGUUCAACCCUGCAAACGCGAGUCACGAGGUCUUCGUCAGAGAUCCACGUAUAAACUGGCCUGAUACUCUGUCCGUAAGCUGGGAUGGGUAUCUGUACUUCACGAACAACCAGCUACCUUUCGGCGCAGCGUUUGCACCGGGCGAGGAUCGCAGACAGCCACCUUACUCGCUUCUGAGAGUACCUCUGCCUAACAAUGGCAGUAAAAUUGGCGUUGAUGUUGCGAGAGAGGCUGGUUACUAGAGAACCUUGGCAUGUGAUGCCGCUCCCAGCCAGUAGCAUCAACAGACCCAAAUGAAUUGAAUGGCACCUCCUCACUACAGCUUUCACUUUUCACACGAAUACAUCUGCUUAUUCGGAAAUUGCUAAUGCCUGCCUCACUGAUGUGAAGAUUUUGCAGCAAACAAAAGUACCACAGAUCAUCAGGAAGCGCUCUUCUGAGCGUACAGCAGAUGUGCCUUCUCUACCAGCAAUC